CUUACAAAGUGGUUUGUCCAGUGUGAGUGUCUACAUUCCACGCAUUCUGUCAACAGGUGAAAGCUAUGAGUUACUCGAUAAGUAGAGGGGCGAGAGUGUACAACUGUUCUCAUUAAGGGUUUUGGUAUUCCUGGUCGUCAGGGUUUGUGUAAAAAUUUGAAUAAUUUGAGUUUGUUCGUUUUCUAACCGAGGCAAAUUUGUUUACCCAGUGGAGAAAAGGAUCUUUAGACUGUGUAGGUAGUGGAUAUUAAAAAAACAAAAAUUCUGGCUGAGAUGAAAAAUCCCAGGUUACCUGGCAUGGAGCAAUUGAAGUUGAAAACAGAAAAAUGCACCAUUCCCGCUGACACGGUUAUUACCCAAGAGCAGGACGGAAAUUCCCGUUUCACAAAAGAGCAGCUUUUUCGUCAAAGCUGUCCUACAAUUACGUUAUUGCCAGAGAAAAGAUGCAGGAGGAGAACACCAUUUCUGCCUAUAACUUCCAAGAGGACCUCUCGUGUACUAAACAAUAGUGAUUUAGAACUAAGUGUGGAAAGUUUAUGUUUGAGCAUUGACGAAAACUCUUCAGUAGAUGUCACACCACCUCUAACAACUAACCGGAAGAGUGAUGUUGCUUACUCUACCACCACAAGACGAAUCUCACUUCCGGUGACUGGUAGCUUACGCAUGCGUACGUCACACCUGAAAUCCUUGGGUUUCAAUCCGGCUUUUUCUGAUGUUCAUCUAUUCUCAGGUGACGUCACAGAGUGUCCUGCUGAUGAGCCUGUGCACCAGAUGUCUCUGAAGUCAUCAGACCUUCACAGUGAAGAAUAUGAUUGGAUGAAUUCAAGAUCAUCCACAUAUUCCUCAAGCGUGUCAUCAUCAUUACAAAGUUCGUACAACAGUGAAGAAGAGAUUUGGUUAUCGCGAAAGCAGUCAGUGUAACAUGUUUCAAGUUCGAUGGUGUAUAUUUGUACAAAAGCAUUAACUUUACGAUCACAUGCCAACUGACAUCAUGCUAAAAUAACGAUGCAUUUCAGAGUUGUAAAUAUUUUGAUAGCAUAUCAUAAUUUAAAUACUCAUUCACCUAAUAUGGAGAGUGCUAAAACCCUGCAUUUUGAACACCCAGAGAACUGGAUCUCCGAGAAGUAGUUAUUUUAAUUAUAAUUAAUUUCGAACGAUCUAUAUAAUUCGAUUGUUCGACCAAAGACUGUCGUGCUAACAGUUGAAUAUUAUAAUUAUUGUAUGGAUAACGUACAAGGAAAGACAGUUAUUUCCCAUUUCCUGGGUUCAUUAACAACUUUAAACCACCAGUUGUUAUUCUGUUUUCAGAGACUCAAACUUGUGUUUUUUUUUCACGUUAUUAAAAGUUAAUAGUUUAAUAUAAUAUUUUAUCUCAAUCAUAACGUUAUUUUUUGUUGUUUAGAGUUAUUUGAAGUUUCAUGAUGUCUGUAGAUUAUAAAUAAUAUUUUGAAGUAUAGAUGAAAAAUGAAAAUCACAGUAUUUUGAUUAAAAGCAAAGAAAAAAAUCAUUAAAUGGAAACUCUUGAACUUUAGUUUAAAUAACACGAAGUUCAAACCUUAAAACAAAGCUCUUAUCACAGAUAUACGAAACUAAAUAGAAAAGCUGAAAUAAAAAAUCACUGAGGUAUGGAUCUUUAAAUGAUUACAUUUCACUGAACAUAUCGUAAGUAAUAGCAAUAGUUUCAGAAGUAAUCAAAAUCUCAUAAAUUUUCUGUGUGCUUGAAAAUUAAACUUUCACAAUACUAUGUUUUCUUAAUUUAUGUGCAUGAAAAUAUGUUAAAGCGGUUUAAAAGUAGACUUUUCACGAAAUGUUUUAAUGUGUAUUUUUUGAAAAGGCGGAUUUCUGGGGGUGUAAGUUGUUUAGUGGUGAUAUGUUAACAAUUUCGUAUAAGUUUUUUGUUUUUGGAACAUUGAUGUUACCUAUUAAAUUGGUAUUUUGUACUUUUACAUCUUGGAUUUUUACAGUUGUAAUAAAAUUUCGUUCAAGUGCUUA